CAGUGGACUCCGGCUUUAGGCGGAGCAGCAGCGGCGGCAGCCUCCCUUGCGCGCGUCCACCCGACCCCAUCUCCUCCAGCAACGGCGACGCAUUGAAUCGCGAAGUAUCCAGGAAAAUGUCCGCACAAGCAUUUACAGUAGAUUUGGACAAGCCUCUUGUAUUUCAGGUUGGCCAUCUAGGGGAGCAGUACCAGGAUUGGGUUCACCAGCCAAUUGUUAGCAAGGAUGGGCCACGGUUUUUCGCCAAUGAUGUAUUCGAGUCCUUAACACGUACGAAAUGGUGGGCGGUUCCUCUUAUUUGGUUGCCUGUUGUUUGUUGGUGCAUCAAUACAUCCAUCCAAAUGGGACACACAGUUCGAGAAGUAGCUCUGAUGGCUGUAGUUGGGAUAUGUUUGUGGACACUGGCGGAAUAUAUGUUGCAUCGAUACCUCUUCCACAUAGAUACAAAAAGUUACUGGACAAAUACAGCUCAUUAUCUUCUUCAUGGAUGUCAUCACAAGCAUCCCACGGAUGAACUUCGACUUGUGUUCCCACCAACUGCCACGGCCAUCACGUGCAUUCUAUGGUGGAAUCUAAUCAAGCUCUUUACUACUACGUCUGCAACUCCGGGCGUGUUUGGAGGUUUUCUGCUUGGUUACGUGGUGUAUGAUUGCACGCAUUACUACCUGCAUCAUGGCCAGCCCUCUUCUGACCCUGCAAAAUAUCUCAAGAAAUACCAUUUGAACCAUCACUUCAGAAUUCAAAACAAAGGCUUUGGAAUAACAUCUGCCCUGUGGGACCAUGUAUUCGGCACACUGCCUUCAACGAAAGCCAUCAACAAGAGUACUUGAGUUCUACCGCAUCUACCACCAUUCUCUUGCUGACAAUGUCCUGACUUGCUCCUUUUACCAUUUGAUUGGCCCAUCUCUUAUCAUGUGUGCCUGUGGCGAUCUUUAUUUUCUGAAUCUUCUUGCUUGUAAAGGAUGUUUUUCGCAUGUUGGCUUUACUUUA